AUGUACGUUUUAGGUGGACUCAACGAAACGGUCAAUCAGUCCUUCUGCAAACUGGCUAAAGAAGAGGAAUUACUGACCGAAAGUAAGAUAGACACAAAAUCGGGAACCAUCAGGCGGACUCAGUCAGUGAAGGCAACGCGCAGGUUUCAAACGCAAUGUCGUCGGGAACGGAUAUCCAGUAUUCCUGGAGAGACGUACAUUUCAUCGGGAGAAACACUUCCUUCUGGCGGCUCCAGCAAGGAUAUUAUCCUUACAUCAACAAAGUUUGAAAGGCUCCGGAAUUUUUCGGUAACGUCCAAAGGAAUAGUCAACAGAGGCGACUCGUUUCGCUCCAAAUCUCGUAGUUCUGGUAAUUUUUUCUGUUCGCGAAACGCACCAAACUCCAAACCAUCCACCGCGAAUAUACCUAUCGUAUUGCCAUCAUUACAUCCAGUUCCAGUUUUAAUUGUUGGAUCCUCGAACGUGGGUAAAUCUUCGUUGAGCCAUCAGUUCACCACAUCUGAAUACAUUUGUACUUACGACUGCUCAUUGGAUGACGAAAACGAAAAGACUGUGAGAGUGGUGUUAAAUGAAGAAGAAACAGAUUUAUUGUUAAUUGAAAAGUCUAUUACAACUGAAACGAUUUCAGCACUUCUGAACUUAGAUGUAGCAUCCUACGUUGUCAUGUAUUCUGUAGUUGACAAAAUAAGUUUCCAGAGGGCCAGGAACUUUAUUAGCCAAAUGACGAGAUGUGUGGACACAACAAAAAAGACUGUAAUACUAGUGGGGAAUAAAACGGACCUAGUUAGGCUUAGGAAGAUAUCUCUUGAAGAGGGUCGUUCGCUGGCAAAAUCCCAUGGCUGCAAGUUUAUUGAAAUUUCAACAGGACUUAAUCAUCACCUGGACGAGCUGCUGGUGGGUAUCAUCAAUCAGUUUCGACUGAAACGCCAUUGUUUCGAAGUGACUACUAACGAUAAUGUUGUUCCUGAAAAUUCUAGAAGACGAUUUAUAGGAUGCAUUGGAUCUAGCAGAAAAUAUAUAUUGAAGCGGAUACUACGAAGAUCUUGGAAACGCUGUUCUUCUUGUGAUAACUUGAAUGGAAUUUAAUUGUAUUGUGUGGAACGUAUGCGAUGUUGUUUACAACACUAGAUUUUAGAAAUCGAAUAUCAUUUUUACCCCUAAAACACGUUUUAUACUAAAUUCUUUGUCACAAACUAUCAAGUUAUUUCCACUCCAACCUUUUGCUAUAAUUUUCAUUAUUUAUCUUAUGCUGAAAUUAUAAGAAAUCAUACUUAUAUUUUGCAUAUACUCAGCUGCAUGUGAGAUUUUGCUUUCUGUUUCGGAUGUUUUGUUUUUCUGUUCCCUCAUACGUCAUGCCAAAGUAUUUAGGAUAAAAUUAAAACCACAAGUAACACUGUUCAGGAAUAUUGAAUAUGGUGGUACUCGUUUAUUUAUCAGUGUCUCCGGUUAGACCUCAUUUGGAUGCUCGUGUUCAAUCUUGAACUCUUUGCUUUAAAAAAAGACAUUGAAGUAUUGGGAAAGGUUCAAAUGAGGACUAUAGGAUGGAAGAGGACUGUCAUAUGAGGACAGGUUCAGAUCCUUACAAAUAAUUUAUCUUGAGAAAAGAAGGGUUAGAGAGAAUCUGGUGAAAGUGGUGGGAACUAUUCAGGGAAUAGAUAACAUUGACGCCUCAUCUAUUUUCCAUGUUUUAUGGAAAAAGUGAUAGGACUAGUUUAAGAUUUAGCAGGCUAGAAAUCAUCUGCAAAUUAGGUAGUUUUAAUUUUCGGACAAAUGGUCAGCUUUUGUAUUUAAUUUUUUUAGGAAAUAAAAUAUUUGAAUUAUUUUUUGGUAAGAAUAAUGUAAAGUUCAGUCUACUUAACAACAAUAUUUUUUUAAAACGUUGCUACAGGCUCUGUUCACUGCUAGGUGUAACUUCACCAACAACGUUUUAAUCGAAACUCCAAAAUUAAUGUAUGUUAACUCACAAAUAAACUUACUUGUAGAAUUUCCUCCCUAGUAGAUCGAUCACAUACACCCUGAUUGGCUAAUUUACUAACUCAUUCUCUGAUGAACUUCAAAAUACUGUUUUAGUAAUAUCGUAUUUUUAUUAGGAUAAGUAAUUAGCCGACAGAAUAAUGAAAUAUAUUAACAAUGGCGCUAACAGACGCCGAUUACCUUCCAAAAAUUACGAUUUUCCUUAAAUAAUUUUAUUUUCACUACAUCUAAAGCUAAUAAGUUUGUUUCUGUAUUAAAUUAGAGUAGCAUAUUGGAAGCUGUACGUUUGAUUUGAUUUUUCGUAAACCCUUUAUGUAAAGAUCAAUAGUGUACUUAAGUUGUUUGAAGGCUGAACAAGCGAGACAACACUGUAAUAUGUUUUUCACAAAUCAAAUAAACGUCGUCGGCUAACUGAAAAUUUCCUUAGAAUAUUUAUGAAUUUUUGUUGAUAUACUGUAUACACUUAUUAUUCUUAGAACGUUCACUUGAGGUUUGUUAAUUUUUUAAACUUUUAAAAGAUACGGUUUAAACGACAAAAAGGGGCGAAACAUUGGAAACUAUUAGGCCUAAAAGUUGUGAUAAAAAUCACGUAAACAGAUGCUUCCGUUUAAACGACAAAAGGGGGCGAAACAUUGGAAACUAUUAGGCCUAAAAGUUGUGAUAAAAAUCACGUAAACAGAUGCUUCCCUCUCACUUCCCACCAAACAUGCUCAGCCGUGGGGGCGUCAUAAUGUUACGAUCAAUUCCACUAUUUAUUGGUAAAAGAGUAGCUCAAG